AUGACCGAGAAGAGAUCAUUGAAUAGCCUUGUAAUAUAUCCAGACAUCGAGCCUGGUGUCAUUGAUAAUGCGAUGAUCAUACGAUGUAUACUUGAGUACGGGCCUACUGAAGAAGCAGGAAGACUUUUUGCCGAAGAAGGAGUACAUUUGGAUGAAGCUCAAGUAGUUCGACUUGAAUUUCAAAAUAUUUUAAGAAUCGAUCAUCUAUGGAUGUUGAAAUCUUUAAGGAAAUUAACUUUAGCUCAUAAUUUAAUAGAAAAAAUAGAAAAUCUGGAUCAACUUACUGGCCUGAAUGAACUAGAUUUAUCGUUUAACAAAAUUGAAAAGAUUGAAAACUUGGAUAAACUCGUAAAUUUGGAAAUCCUUACGUUGUUUCAUAACAGAAUCAGGAAACUGGAAAACAUGGAAUUGCUUGAAAAAUUGCUUGUAUUUAGUAUUGGUGAUAAUAUAAUAGAGGAUUAUAAAGAAAUGGCCUACCUCCGCAGAUUCCGUUUUCUUCGUUCAGUGAGCUUCAAAGGAAACCCAUGCUGCGACGACCCUAUGGCUUAUCAGUUUAUCAAAUCAGCUUUAACCAGAGUUACAUAUCUUGAUUACAAAAUCGUCACGGAAGCAGAAAGAGAAGACGGUAGAGCUUUGUUUAGAGGUGUUCUUCGAAAAUUAGAUGAAGCUGACGAGAAAUCGGAAAAUGAAAGAUUAGCCAAAGAGGACUACGAAGCUAGGGUGAAAUUUUAUGCGUUAUCCUUCGUCGAAUACUUAAGCGGGCCGGAACUUCUCGAGGCAAUGUUCGAAAAGGACCCUGAUGGAUCUUUACUUCUGAAGAUGGGCGGUGAACUGAAUGGAUUUUUUGAACAAUAUAAAGAACAAUACGUGGAAACGAUGGCGGGCUUGGUUGAAUUCGCUUUAGAAGCCUAUAACGCGAGACAGUAUGAAAUUAAACUAUUCAAAGAUUUAGUUAAUGAUGCGUUGGAAGAGAGCGUCAAGAAAAGCAAAGAGAUCAUUAUUGAAUACGAAAACAAAAAGAGGCCGCUUGUAAAUGAAAUGCAAGAAUUCAUAAACAAGUUCACGACGAAGCAAGCUACCAUAGAGGAGCUUGAGCCGUUGAUAGUUGACCUCGGCGAGACCUUCAAUGAGGUCCUCUACCACCUGUGGAAGAGUCUCAUGACCAUAGAGAUGCAGCUCUACGAGCAGUGUGAGGAAUCUCGUGUACAAUUUUCUGUUAACAUAACGGAAAUGAUAACGAAACUGUUGGAGGUAUCUCGUAACGCAUUCGGAGCGUGGCGCGAACAAGAGGGCGUCUGGUCUAUGAGACAGUUCGAGGCACUGUCAAAGCUCCUUGGGAAUAAGCUCAUCUUGGGAGACGUACCCCCAGAGUUAUUCGAGGUGAUGAUGGAUCGAGAUUUAAUGAUGAAUUUAGUGGCUCAAUCCUCGGAUAACCACAUGCGUUUUAUUGAUGGACGCGAGGAUUUGCUCAUGACCCGUGCCAACAACUGGCGUGAUGAACUUGUACAAGGCACUAAUGAUAACGAAGUAAAGCGUAAUCGAGAUCGUAUAUUAGAGAUAAAUUACUACAUAGACAAUCAAAGGGAGGAGUGGACUGAUAUGCAGAUGGGACUUACUGAAAUAGUAGACCCGGAGACGGUCGCUUUACUUGGUGAUGACUUUUAAAAAACUAAGGACGAGGCCUGGUGGUAUUGUUGUAGAUAUU